AUGACAUUGUCGGCCUACAUGGAGUUGGAAGGUUGUGCUCAGCCGGCCGUCAUUACGAAGGACAUUUGUGUGCUAAUUUACGCCAGAGACUCAAAAAUUUCGGCUGCGAGCAGAUUCUGUCGUUCUCUGAUUGGCGGCAUUUCGAAGUCGCCGGAGAUGAACCGAGUGCCAGGAGUAUACCAGUUAUGCAUGAAAGACGCGACCGACUCAGGUAGUCCCGGAGCGAUUCGUCGACAACGACGAGUGCUUGACACGUCGUCGGCGUACGUCCGUGGCGAGGAAAAUCUCGGCCAGUGGCGCCCGCGAGGAGAUUCGCUCAUCUUCGAGCAUCAGUGGGAGUUGGAGAAGCUUACACGACUUCAACAGGUCGAACGGGUGCGCUUAUUCCUUCGCCUUCGCGAUAAGUUGAAGGGCAAGAGAAAACCAGGAGAAUUGAAGACACCAGUCUCUCCAUGCGAUCCGAUCUGUGCCAUUCCUGACACUGUGAAGUUAGACGAGAAAGAAGAGGGCAUUGCAAAGAAGGUGAUUCGAUUGAUUAUGCAACGAAUUCCGGUCAACAAAGAUCCACCAACUGGGAAACAAAGUUCAAGAUCUAAGCGAUGA